AUGUCAACAAUGCCGAAUACCAGUCACGUCGACUCCACAUCCCAAAACGUCACGGUGAACCAGCAAUGCUUGAACUUUGUAGCCGCCACUAUGAUGAGCGGGUCUGGAAAGUUUCUUGCUCUGAUUUCGGCAUAUGUUCUAAGCAGGGUCGUGCACCACCUGUUGAGGCCUUUAUCCCAACCUUACAUUACUUCUGAUCUUCUCAUAGGGCUACUCCUUGCUUCCCUACCACCUGUACGUGACUCCUUUGCGAAUCAAUUCACUCUGACUUUGGACAAUAUUGUUGACUUCGGCAUGAUCUGCUACAUGUUCGUUUUGGGUCUAGAAAUGGACCCUUACGUGAUCUUCAAAUCACCAACUCGCCAUGCAAUGGUGGCCUAUGCUGGAACGCUCACCACAUUUAUCAUUGCAAGCGCUAUAACUCCAUGGCUGCAUUAUUCAAGACAUACAAACAUGGUCAGGUUCACCAUCUCGCUCUCCAUCUAUCUCUCCGGUAGUGGCUCUCACAUACUGACCCGCCUCAUAACCAAUCUCAAAAUAGGCAAGUCAGACAUAGGAAAGCUUGGAAUUGGUGCAGGGGUGCACUCUGAUAUGAUCACCAUGUUUUUCCUCUCCAUCGGUUAUAUUUUCGUUCCAAUGGGGGACUUUGCAACUCAAGAAGGAAUUAAGGGUGCCAUCAAAGUGGGUUCCGCACUUGUGAUCCAGACAAUAGUCGCUGCAAAGGUUUCACCAAUCUUCAUGAAUUGGGUUAACAACGAAAACCCUGAAGGAAAGCCCCUGAAGGGCUCACACCUAGUGCUCUCAAUGGCCUUCAUGGCCGUCAUUUGCACCUGUGCACCAUGGUACGGUUACAACUCCUUCAUGAGUGCGUUUAUGGCAGGGCUUUUCCUGCCAUCCGAGGGGCGAAUAUCGAAAUGGGCGAUUAACAAAAUCAACUACUUGCUAAGCACACUGUUUUACCCACUUUUCUUCUUUUGGGUGGGGCUUAAAGUUGAUUUCUUAAGUUUUCGAGCAGGCCAUAUAGACACAUGGGGAAGGUUUUUUUCUCUUGUAUUUAUCACAACAGUUGGGAAAGUCGCUGGAACAGUCAUCUGCGGGUUGCUGUUAGGUUACCACUGGCCAGAAUUGGUAGCACUUGGUUUACUUUUGACAGCAAAGGGUCAUUUUCACAUAUACUUUGCUAUUUACGGACUCAGGAAGGAAAUCAUCGACGUGACAACCUGCAUCUCGAUGGUGAUUGUGGUCUUCUUAACGAUUGUGCACACACCAUUUCUUGUGAAGCAUAUAAUCGAACGUGCAAGGCAACGGGUACCAAUUCACCGGAUGGCUCUUCAGUGGCUUGACCCUUCCAGCGAACUUAGAAUCUUGCUAUGCGUCCAUGGACCUCAUAAUUUGCCUUCCACAAUCAACUUAAUGGAGAUCUCUAGAGGCACACCUGAGCCUGGACUUCUGGUUUACGUUACAGACAUGAUUGAACUCACGGAGCAAUUAGCUGCAACGCUGGUGCAAGGUGAAGGAGUGGACAGCAUGACAAUAACCGACAAGUCGGUGACAGAAAUGAGAGAUCAGAUCGGUCAUGCUUUUCAAGCUUACAUAGAUGACAAUGGCGGUGGUAUCACGCUUAGCCGAAUGCUUGCACUUUCAACAUUCAGUGGCAUGGCACAAGAUCUCAGCGUUCUAGCAGAAGACUUGAUGGUUUCCCUUAUAUUAUUGCCGUUUCAUAAGAGAGUGACUGCGGAUGGUACACUUGAUGGAGGGCAUCCUGGUUUUAGAUACGUAAAUCGUAAGCUGCUUAGGAAUGCCCCAUGCUCUAUUGGAAUUUUGGUGGACAGAGGUUUUGGAUCUAUCGAGAAAAUAUCAAGAUCAUCUCUAACCAAUGUGGCAAUCAUUUUCAUUGGGGGCAAAGAUGAUCGAGAAGCACUGUCCUAUGCUGGUCGCGUAGCACGGCAUCCUGGAGUAAAGCUCACGGUAAUAAGAUUCCUAGUGGACAAAACUUCAGAAAAUGCACCGAGGAGAGUGAAUCACAGAGCAAGUGUGGCAGAGCAAGAAGAAGAGAUGAAGCUUGACGACGAGUGCUUUGCUGAAUUCUACGAGAGAUAUGUAGCAGGUGGGAAAGUCGCUUAUAUGGAGAAGCAUCUUGCAAAUUCAUCUGAGACCUACGCUAAUCUUAGGUCUUUGGGAGGGCAAUAUUCCCUCAUCAUUGUAGGGCGAGGUGGGAGAGUAAAUACAGUGUUGACACUGGGACUUAAUGACUGGCAACAAUGUCCAGAAUUGGGUCCUGUUGGGGACGUACUUUCAGGGUCUGGUUUCGCAUGCCAGACCUCCAUUUUGAUCAUCCAGCAGCACAGUAUUAAAGGACAACUGGAUGGGCUAAGUGAUGAGUUCUCCAUUAUGUAAACGGCAAAGCUAGUUAGGUAGUUUUAAACCAAGCCAGAUUAUUUGUAGAGAUGUAGCUGGUAGGAAGAAGAAAAAUAUAUAUUCUUUCAUCCACACUUGAAUUCCAGACAUUGUUAACUCAAGAAAACC